AUGGACGCUGAACAGAUACGGCGGACCAUCUCGCGAUCGACGCUGCAGUCCUUCCAGACCGUGAUUUCCACCCACGCCGUGCCCUACGCUCACGCUCUGCUCAAUGAAGUGGUGCAAUGGAACCCUGUUACCUCGCUGAAUCUAGCGCACGUCUUGGUGCGAUGA